AUGAACCACGUGACGGGACACUAUCGACGCAACGAGGACAAUCCCCAGAACCAGAACCAGAACGACGUCGAGGAGAUGGAAACCCAAGAAGUGACUACGAUGGAAUACAUCACGGAUAACGGCGCGGCCGAAAUGGACCAGAGCCAGAACGGCGAGAUCGUCGUCGGGCCGCAGCCUGACCCCAAUGCGAUCGUCCAGGAUGCCGAGAUGGAGGAGGACGAGGCCCGAGCCGAGGCGACCUUUCGCUUUACCGUUCACAAUUUUAGCAAAUUAAAGGACUCCGUGCUGUCGCCGCCGUGCUUCGUGCGAAACUUGCCGUGGAAAAUAAUGGUGAUGCCGCGCAACACUCACACGCAGGACACCAGAACGGACAGGUCUUCGCAGCGGUCGCUCGGCUUCUUCCUGCAAUGCAACGGCGAGAGCGAGUCGAGCUCUUGGUCCUGCUACGCCAUGGCCGAACUGAGGAUGCUGUCGGUCCGGCCGGACGUCGACAACUUCACCAGGAAGAUCCAGCAUCUGUUCUACUCGAAGGAAAACGAUUGGGGUUUCUCGCAUUUCAUGGCAUGGAACGACGUGCUGGACCCCGAAAAGGGCUACAUAAAGGACGACGCGAUCACGUUGGAGGUGCAAGUGGCCGCCGACGCGCCGCACGGCGUAUCGUGGGAUAGCAAAAAACACACUGGAUACGUCGGUUUGAAAAACCAAGGCGCCACUUGUUACAUGAAUUCGUUGCUGCAGACGCUUUACUUUACGAAUCAAUUGCGCAAGGCCGUGUAUAAGAUGCCGACGGAAUCGGACGAUUCCACCAAAUCGGUCGCGUUGGCCCUGCAACGGGUGUUUCACGAGUUGCAGUUUUGCGACAAGCCGGUGGGAACCAAAAAAUUGACGAAGAGCUUCGGUUGGGAAACGUUGGAUUCGUUUAUGCAACACGACGUUCAGGAAUUUUUGAGGGUGCUAUUAGACAAGUUAGAAAGCAAGAUGAAGGGUACGUGCGUGGAGGGAACGGUGCCGAAGUUGUUUGAAGGCAAAAUGAUUUCGUACAUAAGAUGUAAGAACGUCGAUUAUUCGAGCACCAGGUCCGAAACGUUUUACGACAUUCAAUUGAACAUUAAAGGAAAGAAAAAUAUUGACGAAUCUUUCAAAGAUUACAUAGCCAAAGAGACGUUGGACGGCGACAACAAAUACGACGCCGGCGAGCACGGUUUGCAGGAGGCCGAAAAGGGCGUGAUAUUCAAGGAGUUUCCGCCGGUGUUGCACUUGCACCUGAUGCGUUUCCAAUACGAUCCGGUGACGGAUAGCUCGGUGAAAUUCAACGAUCGCUUCGAAUUCUACGAGAAAAUAUCGUUGGACGCCUACCUGCAGGAUCGAGACCCCAGCAAUCCGGCGAAUUACACGUUGCACGCCGUUCUUGUACAUAGCGGUGAUAACCACGGCGGGCACUAUGUCGUUUUCAUUAAUCCCAAAGGCGACGGAAAAUGGUGUAAAUUCGACGACGACGUUGUAUCGAGGUGCACGAAACAGGAGGCUUUAGAGCACAAUUACGGCGGUCACGAUGACGAUAUGAAUAUGACGGUGAAACAUUGCACUAACGCUUACAUGUUGGUGUACAUCAGAGAUUCCGAAAUGCAUAAAGUACUACAAGAGGUAACCGAUGCCGAUAUACCGACGGAAUUGGCCGAUCGUUUGGCCGAAGAGAAGCGAAUGGAGCAGGUGCGUCGCAAGGAGCGCAACGAGGCGCACCUCUACAUGACGAUAAACGUGCUGUUGGAGGACGCCUUCGACGGCCACCAGGGCAACGAUUUGUACGAUCCCGAGCGGGCGCUGUUCAGGGUGUUCAAAAUCAAAAAGACGGCCACCGUCGCCGAAAUGAUGGAGAUGCUGGCGGACGCGUUCAAAUACCCGCCGGAACAGAUCAGGCCGUGGCCGUUUAGCCAAAGGUCGAAUCAAACGAUACGGCCCAGCGUAUUGGACUUUGAAUCCGAUUUGCACAAAUCGGUGAUCGACGCCGCCGAGAACGUGAAUCCGUGGAACGUGUUUUUGGAACUGUUGCCGCCCGAUUCCGGGCAAUCGACGUUGCCCAAUUUCGACAAGGAGGCCGACGUGUUGUUGUUCUUCAAAAUGUACGAUCCCAAGCAGAAGAAGAUCCACUAUUGCGGCCACAGUUACCUGCCCGUUACCAGUAAAUUGGUCGAUAUUAUACCGCUGUUGAACGAGCGCGCCGGAUUCCCGCCCGACACCGAGCUGCUUCUCUACGAGGAGAUUCGACCCAAUAUGAUCGAGAAGAUUACGAAUUUCAACGAUCCUUUGGAGAAGGUAUUAGAAGAAUUAAUGGACGGCGAUAUAAUAGUAUUCGAAAAGGAAGAACGCGAAGAACUGUCCGAUCUUCCGACGUGCGUCGAUUAUUUCCAGGACUUGUUUUGUCGCGUCGAAGUGACUUUCGUGGAUAAAUGCAUACCGAACGAUCAAGGUUUCACGAUGGAACUCUCCCAAAGGAUGACGUACGAUCAAUUCGCCCGAGCCGUCGCCCUCCGAGUGGGCACCGAUCCCUAUCUAUUGCAAUUUUUUAAAUGUCAGAGUUAUAAGGAUACUCCGGGCCAUCCGUUACGAUGCACCUUCGAAGGCACGCUCAAGGAACUGUUGGUGUUCUCCAAGCCGAAGGUGCCGAAGAAGAUAUUCUACCAGCAGCUGAGCAUUCGCGUGAACGAAUUGGAAAAUAAGAAACAAUUCAAGUGCGUCUACGUCGGACCUAAAAUGAAAGAGGAAAAGGAGCUCAUAUUGUAUCCGAAUAAAGGCGGUACGGUGGCCGAUUUGUUGGAGGAAGCGAAGAAACAAAUCGAAUUUGGCGAGGGAAGUACGGGAAAACUUAGGUUAACGGAAGUAACUAGUAGUAGGGUAUCUAUGGGGCCAAAAGAAGACACACCUCUCGAGCAACUAGGCAUAACGGCAACGAAGAUAUACAGGAUCGAAGAAAUACCUCAGGACGAAUUGCAUCUCACCGACGACGAAAUGUUGGUAUCUUGUGCCCAUUUUCACAAGGAAGUAUUUUCCACGUUCGGUAUUCCAUUCCUCAUUAAAUUGAAGCAGGGCGAAUCAUUCAACAAAGUAAAAGAACGAAUACAAAAACGAUUGGCUGUGCCGGACAAAGAAUGGGAAAAAUACAAAUUCGCUAUCGUGUCUAUGGGUAGACCGCAAACGAUUCAAGACGAUGAGUAUACAGUGAAUUUAACCGAUUUUAAACCCAUUCCUAAUCAAGCAGGUAGCCCGAAGCCUUGGUUAGGUUUAGAUCACGUGAAUAAAACUCCGAAGCGGUCGCGAUUCAACUACUUGGAGAAGGCCAUAAAAAUCUACAACUGA